AUGCUUAUAAAAGUCAAGACACUCACAGGCAAAGAAAUCGAAAUAGAUAUUGAGAGAGAGGAUAAAGAAGGUAUUCCGCCUCCUCAACAACGUCUUAUUUAUGGUGGUAAACAAUUAAAUGACGAUAAAACUGUUGAUGAUGCAAAUAUUAAACCAGGAGAAGUUCUUCAUCUUGUACUGUCUUUGCGUGGUGGAGUGUAA